AUGGAAGUCUACGUAGACGAUAUGCUAGUCAAAAGUCGGACCGCCGGCGAUCAUCUUCGAAACCUCUCACUCAUGUUCGGCAAGCUGAAAAAAUAUAACAUGUGCCUGAACCCGAGCAAAUGCGCCUUCGGCGUCUCUUCCAGCAAAUUCCUAGGCUUCAUGAUUAGCCAAAGGGGAUUGAAGCCAACCCCGAGAAGAUCCGAGCGCUCAUCGAUAUGCGGGUGCCGAGGACGAAGAAGGAGGUUCAGAGCCUCACCGGCCAAGUCGCCACCUUGGCCGGUUUCAUAUCAAAGGCCAUUGAUCAGUGCGCCCCUUUCUUCAAAGCUCUCAAAGGGAGCAAACGGCAGGUCGAUUGGACUUCUGAAUGCGACCGAGCAUUCGAAGAUCUGA